ACGGCGCAGCUGUUGCCCGGAAGAUGGCGGGGACGGCGCUCAAGAGGCUGAUGGCCGAAUACAAACUCAUGCCCCGGCCCUGCACUCGGCCCAGAGGGCGUGCCCUUGCCACCUGACCCCUCGCUCCCGUGGCCGUCCAUCUUGCCGAGUGUGCCUCCGUCUCCCAGUGUUCUCCUUGCCAGAUUUGCCAGAUUUGCCCGCAGAAUUAACACUGAAUCCUCCGGAAGGAAUUGUGGCAGGCCCCAUGAAUGAAGAGAAUUUUUUUGAAUGGGAGGCAUUGAUCAUGGGCCCAGAAGACACCUGUUUUGAGUUUGGGGUUUUUCCUGCCAUCCUGAGUUUCCCACUUGAUUACCCGUUAAGUCCUCCAAAGAUGAGAUUUACCUGUGAGAUGUUUCAUCCCAACAUCUACCCCGACGGCAGAGUCUGCAUCUCCAUCCUGCACGCUCCCGGCGACGACCCCAUGGGCUACGAGAGCAGCGCCGAGCGGUGGAGCCCCGUGCAGAGCGUGGAGAAGAUCCUGCUGUCGGUGAGCCCAACGAUGAAAGCGGGGCCAACGUGGAUGCCUCCAAAAUGUGGCGGGAUGACCGGGAACAGUUUUACAAGAUCGCCAAGCAGAUCGUGCAGAAGUCGCUGGGGCUCUGAGCCUUGCCCACGUGUGUGCACCGCCGUGUGCCCGCGCGUGCGUGCAGGCACACCACCGAGCAGAUUUUGGAGUUUCUCCUCCAACACAGUGACAGUGACACUCUGUGCUGGUACCAAAAAAGGCAAGCUUGCAGAACCACAGCAUCUAUUUCUUUUCUACCUUUCCCACCCCAAACAGCCUUCUCUUCUGCAGUGAUGGUUUCUGUAGGACGAUGACAGCUGGGUGCAGUUGAGGGACCCACCCCUCGUUCUUGCCGAGGUGGCCCAGGGGGAUGAUGGGAGCUGUCACCACUACCUCUCCAGCGGACGUGCCUGUGGACCCAGCACUUAGUGCGGAGCGGGGCGGGGCGUACGCGCCGGCCCCCAGGACUAGAACCCGUGGCGCUCCUUUCGAAGACGCGGGGCCUUGCAGCCCAGGAGGGUGGCGGCGGCCGGCUGUCCCUGGGGGCCCCUCCGGGCUCCCGUGUCCCCCGUGAGGAGGACAUGACUUUGUUUCAGUACUUUGUUUUACAAGCAAAUGUUUUUCUUGCAAUCUAGUCACAUUUUUCAUUUGUUGUAUGUUACAAAUAAUCACAUUUAGAAAUACUUUCAGGAAAUAAAUACUUUUUUAAAAUGUGGACUAAUGAAAAAUGGGGCACAUAGAAAAGAAGUUUCCUGCUGGCCAUGAAGACCGGCGUUUUCCCUGCUGGUGUUGAUCACACUUUACGCUCGUGUCUCAGUUCCUAGUGCAUUUACCAGAGCAGGGGCACGUGAGACCGAGAUUUUAGUCAGAGUGUCUUCUGGGUGUGUCGGAGCUUUUCUAUUCCAAUCUGAAAACUGGAAAGUUCUACGCGUUUGUACGUGGUGGCUGCAGCAGGAACUUUAACUGUUGGGACAACACCAUUCUUCGCCACUUGGGAAGGGCCGCUGCCGUUAGUGCAGAACCGUUCUCGCCACUUGGGAAGGGCCGCUGCCGUUAGCACAGAGCACGGAGGUGUGCUGCAUCCCAGACCUGACCGGCGCUCGUGGGAGCGUGGCACACGGCGUCCCCGGGGUCCCCGGGUCGGUGGGGGGCGCUCAGCUGCGGCUCGUGGUUUUGAGGUGGUCUGGAUUCCUCCUGCGUGGGUAGCUCAGCCGCGGGGCCGGGGCUCCGUUUCAAGCAAUAACAGAUCUGUUGCGUGCAGUCAAAUAUUUGGCCUGUUUCAAACAGGUUAAAUUUAAAUAGGAGUUUCUAUUUUUGAAAUAAGGGACAGUCUACAAGACGUACAUUUUACUUUACGUUAUCCUUUCCCUUUCAUAAUGUGCCUGCGGGCAGGAGCCUUUUACUGAAACCUCGCUCAUUUCUUGGUGUUUCGUGGUACUGGCUAAAGGGCUUCUGUGGAAACCAGACUCUCCUUCUCAGAAGGGAAUCAUUUACAAGUUGAAAUGCAGUACGAGGACUUGCAUUCGGAAGGGGGCGGGGAAAGGAGAGGUAGCGUACCUACAUAGUAUCUGCGGGCGUGUUGGAUGGGACGUAGCCCUCUCCAGAGAGAGGAAAAGGUGGGUGUGGUGGAGUGUGGGCCUGUGGCCACGGGGGCUCAGGAAAUCUGGAGAAGGAAGAGGCAGUCUCUUUGCAAAAGAAAGUAUUUUUAUUCAUUUGUAUUUAUUAAAUGAAACAAAAGAGAAGGAGUCCCAUGGUGUCCUUAUUCUGUGACGGAGUUUAUUAAUUCCUAUGGUAAAAUAAAGCUAUAUUUUCCCCCUG